AUGAACGGGUUCAGCACGGAGGAGGACAGCCACGACGCGCCGCCCGCGCCGCCCUUCUUCGGCCAGAGCUGCUGUCUGAUCGAGGACGGGGAGCGCUGCGGCCGCGCGGCGGGGAACGCGUCCCUAAAAAUGCAGAAAGUUCGGCAUUUGUACAUCUGUGAUUUCCACAAGAACUUCAUCCAGAGCGUUCGCAACAAGCGCAAGAGGAAGACCAGCGACGACGGAGGAGAAUCACCCGAUCACGAUGUUGAAGUGCCAGAGGUGGAUCUGUUCCAGCUUCAGGUCAACACACUGAGACGGUACAAGAGGCACUACAAGAUCCAGACCAGACCUGGCCUCAACAAAGCCCAGCUCGCAGAGACCGUGAGCCGUCACUUCCGCAAUAUUCCAGUCAAUGAGAAGGAGACGCUCACGUACUUUAUUUAUAUGGUGAAGAGCAGUAAAAGCCGGCUGGACCAGAAAUCAGACGGGAUCAAACCAGUGGAAUGAAGUUCCCUCGGAUCUGUUAGCUGGCUUCACAAUUCCUCUCUGAAUGCUUGCUGUGUUUGUGUCCAUACGGGAGUCUCUUCAGUCGCGCGCUUGUGUAGUGAUGAUGAUGAUGAUGACCCACAGUAACAUCAAUAUCCCGCCGGCGACUCUGAUGCUCAGAUCUCACCAUUUAUCCAGCGAGGACCUGAUUGAAAGCAUGACAGAGACCGAAUGACUGCAGAUUUUCUCCUCCCAGAAGAGCCGGAGGUUUCCGUUUUUCGUUUCUUUUGUGUUCGUCUGCUCUGUGACACAAACAUGUCUCUGCUUUUAUACGACCGCUGCAUAUCUAUAUAGCUUUUUUUGUAGAUUGUAAUGUUAGUUUCCUUCCUUUCUUUGUUUGGAAUAACUCGUCUAAAUACAGUUCUUGUGGCACUACGCAUAUUAGGACUGAUUGUGUGUAAAUGUGUCACGCUCCAGCUGUAAAAUCAGUUUAUAUUUCAGGAUAACAGGACAUCAGAAGAAUGAAUAUCAAUAAUAUCGCUCAGAUAUAGUCUGCUGAGACGCGUGAGCCUCGUCCAAACACAAAUAUGUGUCUCUAGAAUGUGUUGUUAUGGUGGAAACCUGUUUUUUUUUGUAUAAACUUAAGCAGUGUACCUACAAUUUUGGUAAUCUGCGCAGAGUUUUGCUUGAUUAAUAAAUAAGUAAAACAGAAGCAUGACAUCAGAGCAAAUACACGAUUGUUACUGUGAUUUUACGUUUUAAUUAAACGAUUAGAUUACUAUUUGACAC